AGAACUAAGACUUUUUGCAUUGACCAGAGGAAGAAAAUUAACAAAAGCUAUGGAGAACUCAACCCAAGUCAAGUUAUUUUAUCUCUUUGGCUUAAAAGAGACAUUUAACAACAAAUCGGUAUAUUUUAUCUUGUCUCUUAUCACAUACCUUCUCAUCAUCACUGUGAAUCUGACUCUGAUCAUAACAAUCAUUCAGGAGAAAGGCCUCCAUGAGCCCAUGUAUAUCUUUCUGUGUAGUUUAUGUAUCAAUGGAUUGUAUGGAACUGCUGGUUUCUACCCCAAGUUGUUACUGGACCUUCAGUCAGAUGUUCAGGUGAUAUCUUAUGGUGGAUGUUUCACUCAAGCCUAUGUAAUAUACACAUCUGUCCUGUGUGAAAUUUCUACUCUAACAGUGAUGUCUUACGACAGGUAUGUGGCAAUAUGCAGACCACUACUAUAUCAUACCAUUGUGACAUCUUUAACUGUUAGAAAGUUACUCUUAUUUUCUUGGUGUUGUCCUUUAUUUGCAGGACUCAUAUCACUAAUUUCAGCUGUCAGAAUUCCUUUGUGUGGAUCUCGCAUUGAUAAAAUCUUCUGUGACAUUCCGUCUAUGUUGAAACAUGCAUGUUUACCCAUUACAAUCAAUCCGAUUUUGAACAAAUGUAUAAUAGUGGUUAAUGUUUUACAGAUACUUUUCAUUGUAUUUUCUUACUGUAAGAUUAUAAGGAAUUGUGUAAAGUCAGCUAAGGGAAGGAUUAAGUUCACACAGACAUGUGUGCCACAUUUAAUAACAAUGCUUAUUUUCGUCACAGUGACCCUGUUUGACACAUUGCAAGGAUGGAAUAGUAAUGUAAAUAUUACACUAAAUAUGCGUAAUGCAAUGGCCGUACAAUUCCUUGUUAUUCCACCUGUCUUUAACCCUCUCAUAUAUGGACUUAACCUCCAUCAGAUUCGAAGUGCAGUUUUUAGAAAGUGUAAUGCACAUAAAACCAUUGAUGUGAGACAUUAGUUACAUUAUCUAAUGCUAAUUUCCUGCAUUUCUACUAAUGCUGUACCCGUCUAACAAAAGGUUUGGUCGACCAAGCAUAGUAUUUUCUUUCGACCAAUUGAUUUGUCAACAUUUUGUAUUUUCCCAUGUAUAGACAUAUCCUAUGUAGCUAUGUAUCUUACCAUUUCUACCAAUCUGCAUGUCAGUUGUGAUUUUCAUUUGCACAUUUUCGUGGAACAUUUUUAUUUAAUUUAUAAUAGUCUUUGUAUUUCAAAACAAAUUCUGUGGUUAAUCGACAUUCUACAAUCGUGAUUUAAAUGAAAUUGACACAGAUCUAAAAGUAACUUUUAUUGCCACUGCCAACUAUGUAAAAAUAGCCUACAUAAAGCCAACACAUAAAAACAUUGCAGCCAGCAGGUAGAAAAUAUAAUGAUAAAAAUAAAUAUCCAAUAAAUCACAUUGGCUACACAUGGCCUGUCUGCAAUGAACUAUAAACAUUCUAUCAACUGGGUCAGGUCUUUUCUUACAUUUCCACUGGAUCAGAGCAUUACAUUUUUCCAUUUCAUGCCAAGUGAUUACCUAAAGAGAUAGAGGUGGAAAUGUUGUUCAAAUACUUUGAAGUACUAUUGUCAUUCUUAACUGAUUCUAUAAACAGACUUUGUUUACUUGCUGUUUGAGGUGAAUAAAAAUUACUUUGGGAAGCUAAACAGCUCAUUAGUGGUGGGUUAAGACAAUCAGAAAUAAUAUCAGACAUCCCCAAAUGGGCACAUUUAUAGACCUACAUUUGCCCGAAAGCCAGGUAGAUUGGUCCUACUCUGUGUAAUCAGGUGCACGUCCUCAACCAAAAUUUACAGAAGUGUU